UAGUCUGCUUCGGAUACUUCGGAUCAGUAGUCUGGACUCGGACAGACAAAGCCGAAGCUCAGAAAGCUUCGUGUCGUCAGAAUUCGACUCACAGCAUCGUGGGAGCGGAUAAUUCAACACGCUCUUCAUGAUAAAGGACCUGAGGAAAAAAUAAUUUAUAAAAAAAAAAAAAAAAAAGAAAAGUCAUUUUGUAUACAACACCAACUGAAUCUCCAGCAAGCGGGCGCUAGGAACCGAAGCGUAAAUCGUCAUGUCGCACAGAAGAAGCCGAAGUGCAAGUCCACCAUCUUACGGCACCAACAGCAAUGACCCUCGUGACCUGGAGAGAAGGAUUUUUGUUGGAAAUUUGCCCACUGCACACAUGGCAAAGAAGGACAUGGAGGAUCUGUUCAGACCGUAUGGGAAAAUACAGGCCCUGUCCCUGUUUCGCGGGUACGGAUUUGUGCAGUUUGAACGACUGGAAGAUGCAGAGGCCGCUAAAGCAGGACAUAAUGGUCGAAUUUAUAGAGGUUAUAAACUAGAUGUAAAUAUGGCAGCUGAGAGACGACAGAAAGCCAGGUCGAGUCCUCCACGCAGGCCAAUUGCUUAUCCCGAAGGAAGGGAGCCCCGCCCCCGGUCUCGAUCGCCGGUGCACAGCCGAGACGGCCGAGAACCCCGAGACUCUCGCGACCACCGGGAUAGCAGAGACACGAGGGAGCACAGCCGAGAGCCGCGGCCUGGGCCUCCUCGAGAGCACGAGACCGAGCGCUACAGGAGCUCUGAGAGCAGAGAGAAGGACCCGCGGGAAGCUCCUUACAGAGAUGAGGCUUAUGACCGUGAGCGUGGCUAUUACCGAGGUCCAGAGUACGAGGGUCACCGUAAGAAAGAAGAGCUGUAUGAGGACCGCUUUAGGGAGCCGUGGAAUGGAAGGAGAGAACCUGAAGAGGAGAGAGUGAGGCCGGAGGAGCGCAGGAGGAACGAGUUAUAUCGUCAGUACUACGAAGAGCUGCAGAGACGCUAUGAUGCUGAGAGACCUGUGGACUGCUCUGUCAUCGUGGUCAACAAGCUGCAGAAUAGAGAGUAUGCAGAAACGGUGGGCCGAAAAGUGCGAGAUCUGGGCAUGGUGGUGGACCUCAUCUUCCUCAAUACUGAGGUGUCCUUGACCCAGGCUCUGGAGGACGUCAGCCGGGCUCGUACUCCCUUCGCCAUCAUCAUCACCCAGCAGCACCAAGUGCAUCGCUCCUGCACCGUGAACAUCCUCUUCGGAACGCCACAGGAACACAGAAACAUGCCCAUGCAGGAUGCCAUGGUCUUGGUCGCUCACAACUUCGACACCUUCAAAGUCGAGAACCGUGCCAAGGAGCGAGAUGAGAUCGCAAGAAAAGCUGCCAAGAUGGCCGACGCUGUGUUGAUGAGGGAGCAUGAGCGAGAAGGCCAUCCUGUCUCCUUGCUGACUGCCAUUACGCUGCUGUCAGAGGGCCGGUUCCUGAAUCAUGAAGAGUUAUCGAGGCUCAUUAGCUACCUGCAGGACAAGCGUGAUCGCAUGGUCCGGGGAAGCUCAGACCCUCAUCUUGGAUCCCGCGCAUCUUCAAUUUCGGCCACUCACGAGCCUUCUCAGUCCACCCCUGGCUCCCAGGCACACCCAUCACUUUCCACACAUUCUGUACACUCUUCCCACCUCACCUCUGCCUCCACAGCCGCCACCAGUCAACAGCAGGAGCUGCAGGCUAAAAUCCUCAGUCUCUUUAACAGUGGCUCCGGCUCCUCCGUGCCCUCCAACCCAGUUUCAGCUCCCCAGUCUCAGGACUACGGCUCCGGCCUGGGUCAGCAGAGCAGCGGGCUGCCCUCCUUGCUCUCGAGUCAGGCCUUGUCCUCGCUAGCUGGCGUGAGGCCGCCCGCGGGGCGCAUGCCGGCACCACAGGGUCUCCAGAGACCCAUCGGCAGCACGGGCACGGGCAUCAACUUCGACAACCCCAGCGUGCAGAAAGCCCUGGACACGCUCAUCCAGAGCGGACCCUCGCUCAACCACCUGGUAAACUCGGGCAGCGCGGCGGCCGCGCCGUCCUCCAGACCAGUGCAGGGGAUGGGGCAAGGAAUGGGUCAGGGUAUGGGUCAGGGCCCGCCCCCAGUGUCCCACUACUCUCGCCAUUACUAAAGCACAUCCACUCCCCCCCCCCCCCCCCCUCCUUCUCCUCCCCUGAGCAUUGCUCCACAACAUUUGAUUCCCCUUAGAGGCUUUAGUUCUUGCAGAACAGCGUCUCAUUAAAUCGUUAAAUGUUUUAUGUUCUGUUUCUUACUCGGAAAUGUGACGACAUUUCUUUUAGAUAUGUGAAAAGUCAGCGAUUUUCAGCGGCACCUUUUCCACUAAAUAAGAGAGAAAUUCCUACCAAAUAGGAAACGUGUUCAUUUGUCUUUCACGAAGCAUGAGGUUCUAAUGUAAGUGAAUAUUUUCAUUUUGUUGUUUUAUAUAAAGCCAGUCAUUUGUACAUAACCAGCUGUGAUUUAAAUAAACACAUUUUGUGACGACUUUGA